AUUAUAUACGUAUAAUCUUGAAAUUUCACACCAGUCUCUAUGUAUGUUAUGCCUGUGCAAAUAUUUUGAGAGUUCGUUUUCAGUUGGGGAAGAUUGAGGUUUAUUUGAUUCUGUUAACAUUUUAUUACUGUUUUAAUGAUUGAUUCAAUCCAUACUUUGCUCUUAUUGAUUACACUCUGUUGAAUUUCUGAUUCAGAUUCAAAUUCUGAUAGUUAACUGCUCGAUAUCAUGGUGUUCUCACAAACCUUUAGAUAUGCUUUUGGAAGUAUUAUGUAGUAGUAAAGAAUUUUUAAAACAGAUUUCUUCUCAUGAUCGGCGAUCAACUUGAAUUGGCGCCAAAAUUCAAAUUUUCCCGGCAAUGAAAGCUACUAUGUUUGAGGUUUCUCGGGCCAGCCGAGCCUGCCUAUGUAGCCUCGUCGUCGCCACGGCUUUUAUCUGUUACGCCUACAUUUUUGGGGGCGCGUGGCUCGGGAAAGAUUCUUACAUGGUAUCGAAGGUGUUGAAUCAAUCUCGAACGAGGCCUCAUGUCGAUAAAUGCAAGGACAAAUGCAGACCUGUCGGGAGCGAAACCUUGCCGAGAGGAAUUGUUUCCGCAACUUCAAACUUGGAAAUGAUUUCUUUGUCGGGGCGUGUCUUCGAUAAUGAGAAUUCGGUAAAAGCGAAAAGUUUGCUGGCCUUAGCUGCCGGGAUCAAGCAAAAAAACCUCGUGAACGAGAUAGUUCGUAAGUUUUUCGACAAUGAUUUUGUGGUGAUGAUUUUUCACUACGACGGCAUCGUCGAUCGGUGGCGCGACUUGGAAUGGAGCGACCGCGCCGUUCAUGUAUCUGCGAUGAACCAAACGAAAUGGUGGUUUGCCAAGCGAUUUCUGCAUCCGGAUCUUGUCGCCGAAUACGAGUAUGUGUUCCUUUGGGACGAGGAUUUGGGAGUCGAAAACUUUCGCCCCGGAAGGUACUUAUCGAUCAUCAGGGAAGAAGGCCUCGAAAUUUCGCAGCCUGCGCUCGAUCCCGGAAAAUCGAAGGUCCAUCAUCGAAUCACCGUCCGCAACCGGAGAAUACGCGUGCACAGGCGAUACUACCGAGCCGGAAGGUGCGAAGGGAACAGCACAGCCCCUCCGUGCGCGGGAUGGGUCGAAAUGAUGGCUCCGGUGUUCUCGAGAGCGGCGUGGCGAUGUACUUGGCACAUGAUUCAGAACGACUUGAUCCAUGCCUGGGGCCUCGAUAUGCAGCUCGGCUAUUGCGCGCAGGGUGAUCGAGCCGUGAAGGUUGGCAUAGUUGACGCGGAAUACAUAUCCCAUCUCGGCCUCCCGACCCUCGGCACUCAUAACACGAUGAAUCCCGACUUGAGUAGCCUAUCGGGACUUGCAAAAAACUCGUCAAAUUCAAAAUUAGAAUCGAAAUCAGAACCAGAAUCAGAAUCAUCGAUGGUGACCUCGACCUCGACCUCAGUAUUGUCUGAUUCUGACAACAGACAAGCUAUUCGACAAAGAUCCUACGCGGAAAUGAGGAGCUUUGCGAAUAGGUGGAAACGAGCGGUCGAGGAAGACGCAUGUUGGAUCGACCCUUUUCGACAAAUCGAAACCGAAUAGGAUAUACAAUCUGGAUUCCAGAGCUUUGUCAAGUGUACAAAAACACAGAUAGAGCAACGAGUAAUUAAAAAUUGCAGCUAAAUUCUUGUAAAUCAAAUGGUAAGAUAUAUUCGUAUUUAUUUUUUUGUGUAUAUAUAGUAAUUUAACGUUAUAUUUAUAUAUCAUAAUAGUGUAUUUUUUUUCUUUUAUAUGUAUGAAGAUUGUAUUGUAAUAAAAAAAAAUUUAAAAAUACUAAAAAAAAA